AGUCCGGAUGAACGAGCCGGAACUAUUUCACCAUACACAAUAGUUAUACUAUAGAUUUCAGCACGGUAAGAAGUUCUCUUAUUAACGAUAACAAACAGUCUAGUUGAUCGCCCCGGCUGGAUCACGACAAUGUCUUUAGACGAGUGAUGCGAAUAAUAAUCGUUGAACUGACAACGCUUAGUGGAACAUUGUAUCGGCGAUAUGUCCUUGACCCUAUGCUAAUAUCAAGAGCAAAGUGUUAAUUUUAAAUACAAAUUUUUAAUUUUUUAAUUUAAACAACUGCGGAAUACGAUUAAUUCAUUUCAAAAUACAAAUGAGGUGUCAUUUACGGGAUUUGAUAAUAUACAGGCAUGCAUGAACUCAUUGAUGCGAGCAACGGUGCACUUCCUUUGAGCAGUAAUUCGACACAAAAAGGUUUUAGAUUUAUAUACCAAGGCGUCUGGAGCCAAAUUCAACAAGUCUAAGUCCGAACUACUGCCUAUAGGCAAAAGCGAAUAUUUAGAGUAUGAUUAUAAUAUUGAUGUUAAAGUUAUAUCUGAUUCUAUUGAAAUUUUGGGUGUAUAUUUAUGAACAAAUCAAAAUGUUUGAAAUAGUUUAAAUUGGGGCAAUAAGGUUAAUAAAAUUAAACAACUUUUAGGCUUAUGGAGCAGACGACAUAUUACCCUCACAGGUAAAGUUAUUGUGAUACAGUCCCUAUUGUUAUCAAAAGUGUGGUAUACAGCGAGUGUUCUACCGUUACCAGUCGCCGUAGAGCGUGAAAUAACAGUGGAUUAAAUCUACCCAAUAUUAAAUUUAAAUGUCAAGCUUUAAGUUUAAAAUGGAUUAUUAAAUAUUGUGAUAUCAAUUACAACCAUGUAUGGAAAAGUAUCAUGCAAUAUUAUCUUUCAAAAGCUACAUGCUUUGAGAAUGGUUAUGAUAUUUUUAAACUUAAUAUAGAAAAGAAUACUCUAUCUAAACUACCCGAAUUUUAUAAAUAUAUUUUAAAUUCUUGGGAUGACUUGAAUAAAAAUGUAAGACCCGAACCUACAUCUAUUAAAGAAGUUUCUAUUCAACCCAUAUUUAAUAAUAACCUUAUUAGACACAAUGGUCGUAAGUUAGAUUUUAAAUUAUUUCAGUCAUCCGGUAUUAAAUAUGUCUAUGAUAUUAUUUAUUAUGUUAAACCCGGUUUUAUUCCAUUUCAUUCCGUAAAUGAUAUUAUUAAUGAUGACAGUUACACUUAUGAUAUCGAUAAGAUUUUAAAGUAUUUUCAAAUAAUUAUAUCUUCAAUACCCGAAUCAUGGCGGGUUAUUAUAGAAAACCAGUGUUUUGACAAUACUUGUAAUACUGGAUAUGACGUUGUUUUUAAAAUUAAUGAUGUACUUGUCAAAUCUAAUGAACUUACGUCCAAAUUCUUUUAUAAAGUAUUACUUAAAAAUUAUGUUUCUGAACCCACAUCCUACAGUUAUUGGAAGAAGAACAAUAUUAAUGCUAAUUGGCCAUUUGUAUGGAAAAGUGUUUUUAGGAACUAUAAAAAUCAUAAGAGUAUUGAUUUAGAUUUUAAAAUUGCUCAUAAUAUUGUUUGGACUAUGGAAAAAUUACAUAAAGUAAAUGUUGUUAUUACUAAUAUGUGCCCUGUUUGUAAAUCAGAAGUAGAAGAUAUUUUCCAUAUGUUUAUAGAAUGUAAUUGUCUUUCAAAUUUAAUUGCCUUGUUAAAGGAGAUCAUUAAUGAUAUUUUAAAGCAUAAAAUUAAUGAUAAUGAUUUUAAAUCCGUUUUACUGUUAGGAAUUCAGUCUACUAUCAAGACUAGUCAUGUUGAACUGUGCGAUGUUGUUUUAUCUGCAGCACGCCAGACGAUAUAUAAACGCCGAAUGAUUGUAUUAGAUAAAAUAAACUAUAGAUUGAAUAUUAUUUCGUUAUUUAAAAACCAACUGAAGGAUAAUCUAUAUUAUCUUAGUAAAUAUUUUAAGAAUAAGAAUAAGUUUAUUGACAAUUUUAUCAAUCCAUCAUUACUUAUUGUUUAUGAUUAUGAUGAAAAUAUUAUUCUAGAUUUUUGAAAGAGUGUAAAUAAGCCCACCCUUUUAAUUGUAAAUAAAUAUUUUAACUUCUUAAUGUAAACACUGUGUAUAUACAUGUACAUACCGUAUCCUAU